CAACCUGUAUUAGUGCUCUAUCUAAGUACGGCUAAAAUUCACGAAAUGGCUGUGCAAAAGCCGAUUGAAUGGGUGUCGUCCGUCAUUUCACGCUUCGAUGAACAGCUGCCAAUUCGGAGUGGUAUCCACUCCACUCAUACACAGCUAAAUCUGGAGCAGAACAAGGCAUGUCUUAUCAAUGUUAGUAAAUCCAAAUUUUCAUUGGUUAUCAAUGGACUGACAAACAUACUGAAGAACCUUUCAACUAUGAAAGUUCCUGGCACUGAUACAGAAAAGAAUUUACGUCAUUCACAAUUGAUUAUCUUAGAAACUCUAGAGAAAUGUUUGACUGGGCAACCGAAAGAUACUUCCAGACUGGAUGAGACUAUUUUAGUAAAGUUGUUGCUUCCUGAGAUCUGUCAGUUCCUCAACUUACCCAAUGAUUACAUGCUGGUGUUGCAAUUGAAACCAACCGCAUCAAGAGUUCUUUUUUCAUUGAGUCAGAACAACUUUAAUGCCAUUUUCAAUCGAAUAUCAGCCAGAUUAGAUGCUUUAGCCACAUAUCCAGAAGACUACUAUGACGUGAGUGAUAUAGAAUUAAUUCAACAUAUUAAUGUGGAUUGCAUUCGACUUACAAGAAUACUUAAUGAAACGGUUGUGAAAUUGAGAACGUUGAAAGUGCAGAAAACCAUGUACACUGCCCUUGCUGAAAGUCUGGAAAAGUCAAUCUGGAAUUGGAUGGGGAAUUAUCCGGAAGAGUUUACGGAACUGCAUGAGAAACCAGUAACAAAACAUGAGCUAUCUGACUGUGCUGAAAAAAUGUUUGAUUUAGUGGAUAUGUUAGCAGAACAACAUUCGUCAAAACGGAAGGUUGCCGUGUGGCCAUUACAGAUAAUGUUAUUGUUGUUAUGUCCUGACCUCCUCAAAGAAAUUGCAGCCACAUCUGAUCCACAAGCACCAGUGUCACCACGAACUCAGCGAAUGCAGAAAAAGAAACAGUUUCUGGACAAUGUGAAGAAAGCGUUAUCACCUCACGGUAGCGGCAUGUCUCGACAGUGUGAAAGUGCUGCAAUUACGUCUGUACGACUAUGUAAGGCAGCUACUUACACCAGUAAACGAGAAAACUCCAUGCUGUGUCUACUUGUUAAAUCUAUUCUGGGUGAGCUUCAGGCUCUUCUUUUUACCCCAUCAAGACCAUUUUCAAGAGGAAACAACUUAACUGCUGAUGUGGAUCUCAUGACGGACUGUGCAGUAGCUUUAUUUCGUUUUAAUCCAAACAACACGCUUCAUUUUAGUACUUGUUUAUCUCUGAAUUCACCGGCACAGUUUCAUUUGGUGCUUGUCCAUGCUUUCCACCAGAUUAUAACAAAGUCAACAUUACCGUGGUGGCCAAAAAUCAACUUAAUAUACGAUAGAAUUUCUUCGGACCUUAGGAAUUUAUUUUCUGACACGAUUAAUAGAGUGAGCCAAUCAAGUAGUCAGAUGCCUUUAAGGCAGUCACAGUCAUUGAAAGAUAAAGUUGGUCUGAAGUUUAAAGACAAGACACCGGAAGACACGCCCAGCUACCGUUAUCUUCUGUUGUAUAUUGUCAAGCUUGUACAUGCUGAUCCGAUGCUUAUGUUAUAUAAUCCUGGUCGUGCUGGGCAUGAAAUUCAAAAGAACACACUGGAGCUAAUCACAGGGUUGGUGAAUUUAGCGUGUCAGUACAGUAUAAUGCCGGGUGUGGCACAAGAAGCAAUGGUGGCAUUGUUAUGUCUUCACCAAGCUGAUAAUGUAGAGUUGUGGAAUCCAGAAGCACCCAUUGCUACAUUCUGGGAUGUCAGUUCCCAAGUAUUAUUCUCCAUCUCAGAAAAACUAAUACACCAUCAGAUAGUAAAUAGUACAGAAAUGCUAAAGUGGUUGAAGGAGAUACUCUCGCAUCGGAACCGGUUUCUGAAAAAAUACAAAGACCAUCACACCAUAGGCAGUAACAUACCUAUAGCAAGGCAGGCUCAGAACAAACUGGAAGUGGUGUUUUUUAAUUAUCUUUGGAGUUAUGAUAUGGAAGCAGUUUUGACCGCUAUGUCAUGUUUUGGUUUGUUAUGCGAGGAAGCGGAGAUUCGAUGUGGCGUGGACGAUUUAUCAACUUACCAAGUUGUUCCCAAUUAUACUAUCUAUAAAGAGAUUGCCGCAGCCAGUAAUAUGGUGACUACGGGGAGACGAGCACUGCAGAAUAAAAUCUGGGCAUUAUUGCGUAGGAUAGAACAUUCCACUUCUGGCAAUGUAUUGGUGAUUGUAACAGAGUCAAAUACAAUGUUUAUUGAAAAUGUUAUUUUGAUGUUGAAAAAAGUUUCAGAAAAUAAAACUGAAGAAGCAGCUGAACAUUUUGGUAUGGUCAGCAUAGAAGCUUUGAUGUUAGCUUUGGUCAGAAAUGUACGGCAUUUGGAUUCCAGUGUCAGUAGUUUACACGCUAUACAGAUUAAAAAGAACUUGUGUCAGCUGGUUAAAACUAUGAUGGGUCGAAGAGAUGAUUUGUGUUUUCGCCAAGAGAUGAAAUUCCGAAACAAACUAGUUGAGUAUUUGACUGACUGGAUCCUGGGAACGUCCAAUCAGAUGUCCGCAGAUGAUGUAAGGUCAAUGACAAGGGAACUAGAUCUUGCCAGUAUGGAGGCUGUUGUAUCGUUGUUAGAAGGGCUACCAUUACAACCAGAAGAAGGAGAUGGAGGAGAUAUCAUGGAGGAAAAGUCUCAACUUUUUCUCAAGUAUUUUACAUUGUUUAUGAAUUUGCUGAAUGACUGCAGUGAAUGUGAAGAUGAUAAACAAGGAGAAGGUAGAAAGCGAAGUAAUACAAACAGUCUUACAUCAUUACGAAAUUGUACGGUGCAGGCAAUGUCUAAUCUACUCAGUGCUAAUAUCGAUAGUGGACUAAUGCAUUCCAUUGGUUUGGGAUACCACAAAGAUCUACAGACGAGAGCAACGUUCAUGGAGGUGCUGACAAAGAUUCUUCAACAGGGUACAGAGUUUGAUACUUUAGCCGAGACAGUUCUUAAUGAUAGAUUUGAGAGAUUGGUUGAAUUGGUGACCAUGAUGGGAGAUAGGGGAGAGUUGCCUAUAGCUAUGGCGCUAGCGAGUGUGGUGCCGUCGUCACAAAUGGAUGAACUAGCCAGGGUAUUUGUAACUUUGUUUGAUGCUAAACAUCUACUCUAUCAACUACUUUGGAACAUGUUUUCAAAAGAGGUGGAAGUUGCAGACUGCAUGCAGACGUUGUUUCGGGGUAACAGUUUAGCCAGUAAAAUCAUGGCAUUCUGUUUUAAAGUUUAUGGUUCCAGUUAUUUACACACACUGUUGGAACCUUUGGUUAAAGAAAUGCUGACUCCUGAACGACAAAAUAUCAGCUAUGAAGUGGACCCCACUCGAUUGGAACCCGGUGAAGUAAUAGAAGAAAAUAGAAGCAAUCUGAUGACCUUGACAAAAAGAUUCUUCACCGCUAUAAUAUCUUCCGCUGAUGAAUUCCCACCUCAGUUACGAAGUGUAUGCCAUUGUCUGUACCAGGUAGUAAGUCAGAGAUUUCCCCAGCAUAGCAUCGGUGCUGUUGGUAGUGCUGUCUUUUUACGAUUCAUCAAUCCAGCUUUAGUUUCACCAGUAGAGUAUGGCAUAUUGGAACAACAACCACCAAAUAGAGUGAAACGUGGACUCAUGCUAAUGUCUAAGAUUAUGCAGAGUAUAGCCAACCACGUACCAUUCACUAAACAGCAACAUAUGUUAAUUUUUAAUGAUUUCUUGAAGAAUAAUUUUGAUUCAGGAAGAAAAUUUUUUCAGGAAAUUGCCUCAGACUGCCAAACAAUUGACAGUAAUAACCACAGUCUUUCAAUCCACUGUGAUGCUAAUGUUCUUGCGUUGCAUCGUCUACUUUGGAACAAUCAAGAGAAAAUAGGAGGUUAUCUCUCAAGUAGUAGAGAUCAUAGAGCAGUAGGUCGACGACCCUUUGACAAGAUGGCUACCUUAUUAGCGUAUUUAGGCCCACCAGAACAUUCCAGAAUUAAUGCAGAUACUCAAUGGAGCAGUAUGAACAUGACCAGUACAAAAUUUGAGGAGUUCAUGACAAAACACAAUGCACACGAAAAGGAAGAAUUUAAACAAAUUCAACAACUUAAUAUUUUCUACCAAGCCCAUACUUCAAAAUCGUCCAAUCCUGUCUUUUAUUACAUUGCUCGGAGAUACAAAUGUGGUCAAAUAAACGGUGAUCUGUUGAUGUAUCAUGUUUUAUUAACUUUAAAACCCUAUUACACAAAACCCUUUGAACUGGUCUUGGAUUUCACACAUGUUGGUGUUGAUAAUCGAUUCAAGACUGACUUCCUGUCUAAGUGGUUCAUGGUGUUUCCCACCUUUGCCUUUCAUAAUGUUUUUGCUGCAUAUAUUUACAAUUGUAAUACUUGGUUAAGGGAGUAUACAAAGUACCAUGAAAUAAUCUUACUCUGCUUAAAGGGUAAUCGUAAAUUAGUCUUUAUAGAUCAACCUAAUAAACUGAAUGAAUAUAUAGAUGUUGAUUCUCAGGCACUUCCUGGUGCCACACUUUCUAUUGAUGAAGAUAUAAAGAGUUUUAAUAAUGCACUUAAACUGUCUCAUAGAGAUACUAAAGUGGCUAUUAAGCUUGGUACAAGUGCAUUACAAAUAACUGCCACAGAGAAAAGUAAAGUACUAGGCCAAUCUGUUUUAUUAAAUGAUGUUUAUUACGCAUCAGAAAUUGAAGAGGUUUGCUUGGUAGAUGAUAAUCAGUUUACAUUAACCAUUGCCAAUGCGCCAAUGCCAUUGUCUUUCAUUCAUAACGACUGUGAUGCCAUUGUACAGCAGAUUGUUCAUAUACGAGCACGCUGGGAACUUUCACAACCGGAUUCAGUUCAAGUUCAUCCCAAAAUCAGACCUAAAGAUGUUCCUGGUACAUUACUAAAUAUG